AAGCAUACUUGUAGAGUUACGUUCCCUUGAAGCAAUUCGCCAUUUGUAAGGAAGAAAAGAUUUCAUAUUGGAAAACCAUGUGACAUUUUAUAGAAAUAAGAGCAAGGCAUUGGCAAGAAAUGGAUGUAAAAAGGAAACAGACAUGAUGGAUGUCAGUGGUAUCAAACAGUAUAGUGAGAAUACAAAAACAGAUAGAAGUAUUGGAUCAGCUGUUAGUAUGAGUGGGAAAACCGAAGCAGAAAUUGUGAAGGCUGAUCAUAAAUCAGAUGAUAGACUUUCAGAUAAUGAGGUGGGAUAUGCAUUAGAUAAAUACGAUAUCUCUUUCUCUAUAAAAUCAGAAGAUGAUCCUGAGAUGGAUAUUGAAAGAAACAUUUUAGAAGAUGAUGACAUUGUUCCAAAAGAGAAUGAUUUUAUUAAACUGGAAGCUGAUAUUUAUCAAACCAGUGAUAACAGUUUUGGUAUAGCUGAAACUGAGGACAGUUUCUUUACUUUGGAUUGUUCUGAUAAGAUUGGCAAAGAGUAUGAGGGUAGUUUUAAUAGUAGCAGAAAUAGUGGGGAUAUCUCAAAUGAAAUUGGCGAGAAAGCGGAGAGUAGUUUUGAUUAUGGAGAUGACACCGAUAGUUAUGAUGAAGAUUACUUUGGGAAUAAAGUAAAUAUUAUUAUCAAAAAGGAGGUGAAGGAUGACCUUGAAGAUGAGAUCAAACCUAAAGUCAUAGACUAUGGGCGUAAAACGAAGAAGGCCAAGGAGCAUGUAUGUGAAAUAUGUAAUAAGGCCUUUACGUCAGAUAAUCGUGUAAAGCGUCACAAGGAGCAGCUGCAUGUUGACGGAAGUAACGAGAAUACAGCAAUCAGAGAGGGAAAAUAUAUUUGCAAGUUCUGUAAUAAAAGAUUUAUAUCUCAGUCACGACUUAAUCUUCAUAUAGUGACACAUACAGGGGUAAAACCUUUCUCUUGUGAUGUUUGUGGACAGAAAUUUUCACAUCCAACUAAUAAACGCAGGCAUAUGAAGACACAUACUGGGGAUAAGCCAUUUGUUUGUGUGUUUUGUGGGAAAUCAUUCCCUGUGAAACAUUAUCUAACGGACCAUCUGGUUAAACAUACUGGUGAAAAACCACAUGAGUGUAAAUUGUGCUCAAUGACAUUUGCUCAUCGAUUUUCUCUGAAGCAACAUGAGCUGUUGAAACAUCCCGGAGGUGAGUUGAAUUUUCAAGAUUCUUAUAAAGAUCGGCCUUUUACCUGUGACGUUUGCGGUAAGGGGUUCACCCAGCAGUCGAGCUUGAAAAUCCAUAAUCGGCUUCAUACUGGUUCGAAACCAUAUAAAUGUAGUGAGUGUGAUGCUAGCUUUAUAAGGAGUGACACUCUGAUGAGACACAAGUUAGAGCACUCGGGUCAGCGUCCCUAUCAGUGUGACAUGUGUGACAAAGCAUUCACAUCUGGAUACGUCUUGAAACAGCAUCGUAAUGUGCAUACUGGAGAUCGUCGGCAGCAGUGCGAGCAUUGUGGGAUAGAGUUAGCCAAUAAAGAAUCUCUGACACGACAUAUGCUGCGACAUACCGGUGAAUCAAUGUUAGAAUGCGGAACAUGCCAUAGGAGAUUCGUUCAGGAGCAAACUCUCAGAAAACAUCAGGAACAUCCUUGUGAAGAAAAGAUAUACGAGUGUAGAGACUGUGACUAUAAAAAUUGUAGUGAAUCAAAACUGAAAAGACAUAUGUUAAAGCAUAAUGGGCAGAAGUUGCUGGAGUGUAAAAUUUGUAAACAUAAGUUCACCUAUCCAUCAAAUCUUAAGCGGCAUAUGAAAGUACAUGAAAAAGACCAUGUAAGGACUCAAAGAAAAGAAACUUUAAUCACUGAUGAUAGUGUUGAACAUUUUAUUGCAGUAAGUGUGCAAGACAUAAUAGACAUCAAAAAGAAUGUAGAUACAAAUCAUACUAAUAGAAAAGCUGGUAAAAGAACUAAAAAGGUUAAAACAUGAUUCGAAAAUUUAAAGUUCAAUUAUAUAGGAAGAAUUUUAAAUCUUGAAACGGACAAGACAAAGUUAAUGAAGACACAAGUGCAUAAUGAAUAUGAUGGACCUCAAGGUAAAGACAAGCUUGCUACUGACUUACUAACAAAUGGUAAUUUUUCUGAACAAAUACCACAAGUUAGUCCAUCCAGAUUUGAUAGAAAUUUUGUUACUACUGUUUCUGUUCUUGUUAAUUAAAGGGACUCCACUGAGUUUUUUUUUGUUGACAUGUUUAGACUGGAUUUUUUUUUUAAGAUUGAUGUUCCAUUUGAUGUUGGUCUAGACCAAUACCUUGCAAAAUUUCAGAUUAUUUGCUCACUUUUCGAGAAUGAUUAUUUGAAUUGUGAAAAAGGAUCCAAUAUUGAAAAGCGUUGCAAACUCAAACGGGAUUUAAUAGAAAAAAAAUAUACAAUUUUAAAUAUAUUCUGAGUUUAUUUCUUAAAUAUCUUUUGCGUAUCUUUCUGUUUUAAGUGUCCAAGUUGAUCUAUGUUUAAAUUUUAUGUGUCAGGUCUUUGGCUCUCAGUGGAGUUCAUUUAAUAUUCAUAUAAGGUUCCCAUAAUUAGUUCACUGUGCUUAAGGUGAGCUAUUGUGAUCACUCAAUCUCCGGCAGCCAUCAUCCGUCUUAAUUUGUUUUAACAAUAUCUCCAUUUACAACGCUGUGCCAGUGUCAACAAACCUUUAAAAGAAUGUUCCUUGCAUAAUCUUUAAAAGUUGGCAUCCAUAAAAUACACUAAAAAUCAAAUCUUGUCAAAACUAUUGGAAUUAUGUCAAUAAUCUUAAAGAUAUUAAUAUUUUCAGAAAUGGUCAUUGGUGACCAUCUACCAAGUUUGAUUUAUACACGCUUUCAGUAACUGUUGAUUGUUUAAUCUGUCUCAUUUGUGGGGCUGGGCAUUCACAUUUUACACACACAAAUACGAAAUAUGCAUUUGGAUUUCAAUUUAUCAUACCAUCAUAUUCUGAGAAAAAUGCAAUGUUUUUAUGUUUUACACACAUGGAUCAAAAUUUUGUAAGUGUAUGAUUUUCAAAUCAUCACAUUGUCAUAUAACCUGGGUUGUUUUUCUUAACAUAAGGAUUGUUUAUCUUUUACAAAGUCUACCUGUUGUCAGCUGCUGUACAGCAGCCACCAAAACGUCCACCAUUGCUUCCAUUUUUAUUUGGACCACUCGCUUGUGGCACAUUCAGUGUGGAACAUUGCACACCUCUCGUGCAAGCUGUUGCACUUUUGUAAAGAAUCUGGAGCAUGUGUACUUAUUGCAUCGUCAAUGUUAGUGUUCAUUCCACUUAAAGCAAUCUAGAGAUGUAAUUUGUUAUCCACUUUGUGCUUGUAUGAAACCAUUUCCAGUCUAUCUAAGAAAUUGUCGCUUAUUUCUUCUGCAGAUUGUGUUAUAGGGAUUAACAAGUUGAUAUCAAUGCCACAAUCAGUCUGAAACUUUUCCUUUAAAUUUUUAAUUAAGUCCUACACAUUUGUUGGCUUUACUGUCAAGGACUUGUACAACAGUCGAAGGGCCAAACCACCCAGGCGCCUACGUAAAUUCUCUAGUUGUUCGUCAAGAGUUUAUUUUCUUAACAGUCUCUAAAUCUUAUUACAUAUGAGUCAGAAUUUUCUGUGCCAUUAUAUUGAUCUAGGUGUAUACUUGCCAUAUUCCAGAAAGUUUGGGGAAUUACCUAUCAGGUCCCUCAAUCAAAUUUGGGGGAAGCAGGUCGCUACCCUCAGCAGGGGGAAUUUUAGUGUAUAGGGGGAAUUUUCCUCUUUUUUUACGAUCAAAUAUCAAAUAAACUUAUUUAAAUCUCAGCUGCUUUUAGCUCACCUGACCACGAAGUGGUCAAGGUGAGGUACAGUGAUGGGGCUAUGUCCGUCUUCGUGCGUCGUCAACAAUUGGGUUGUUAACAGUUCAGCAGUCACGGUUUUGAUUGGAUCAUCAUCAAACUUUGUCAGAAUGUUUGUCUCAAUGAAAUACAGAUCGAGUUCCAAGAUGGGUUAUCUCGGGUCAAAAACUAGGUCACAGGAGCUAAAAAUAGAAAAAGCUUAUUAACACUCUAGAGGCUGCAGUUUUCAUCCAAAUAUUCUGGAAAUUUAUCAGGAAGGUUGUUUUGAUGAUUACUAGGUCAAGUUGGAAGAUGGGUCAUCUCUGGUCAAAAACUAGGUCACAGGAGCUAAAAAUAGAAAAAGCUUGUUAUCACUCUAAAGGCUGCAGUUUUCAUCCAAAUAUUCUAG